AUGACAUCAGAGAGUCCAGCCUUCCUGAUUGGAGGGACUGAACUCCGUGGGCACUUUGAAACUCAGGUGGACAACAGAACUAGGUUCCCUGGGAGGGAACAGAGUUUGGGGGAGAUCGUGGCCAGCCAUCAAUGGCAACCCCAGGUUGAGGAGUAGAGCCCCCAGCCUAGCACCUCGGGGUACUCCCUCCCUGAGGUGGUGGACGAUGAAGUUCUGGGACUGUCAGCCCCUUGGGUAGAUCGCAACCCCCCACUUAGGUUUCUGUACUGGAAACGGAAGAGGGAGUGGUCGGACAAAUCAGAGGAGGAGCCAGAGAAGGUGCUCGUCCCUGAGCCUGAGGAGACCUGGGUGGUGGAGACCCUGUGUGGUCUCAAGGUGAAGCUGAAGCGACGGCUAGUGUCGCCCAUGCUCCCUGAGCACCACGAGGUCUUCAACAGGCUGCUUGAGGAUCCUGUCGUUAAAAGAUUCCUGGCCUGGGACAAAGAUCUGAGGGUGUCGGACAAGUACCUGCUAGCUAUGGUCAUAGCAUAUGUUAGCCGUGCCAGCCUCUUCUCCUGGCAGUACCGACAUAUUCAUUUCUUCCUGGCCCUGUGA